UUGUACUGAGAUAUGGAGCGGAUAAAACAUACACUACCGUCUUCAACUUCAAGCCCUUCAAAAAGGCAUAGUCGUCUGCCUUUGGAUAACUGCUGCGAUAAACGCCAGGUACAACUACACCGAAGUUGAUGGGUCGGCCCUCCAUUGGAGCAAGGGGGAACUCGGGUGCGGGAUCUGCGGUGAUUGAGAUGACUGAUCCGGUUGCUGCAGCGGCUGAUGUUAAUGUUAGAAUUCAAGAGAUAAGAAGAAAACCAAGACCAAGAGGGCAGCUUACCAGAAAUGGUACCAGCUUUGGGCAACAUCGAGGACGUCGUCUGUUGGCUGGUGGCACGACGCUGGAAAAGAGGGCGAGCGUUUUCUUCAGAUAGUAGCGAUUCUGACACUGGACUCUGAGUUUUUAUCCUUCUCGUUGCCAAGGACAAGCCUUCAAUGACAAGAUAUGAUUCGUCUGUGGGAAGCUGAGUUGGAAAUAAAUCGGGAGACUUGAAGGGCGCUGCUAUCUCUGACGAGAAGAGUGGGAUGUUGCUGUCGGGCAAAAUGUCGAGUUCCAUGCCGUUUUAUUUGUUCGUGGCGCCUUGUUUACACGCCUUUGUUUAUCUUC